AUGACUCGGCCUAAUACCUACUACAUGCGAAAGAAAUACCUUGCUAGAUGUAAUUGCUAUGAGCCCGUCGCACAGAAAUUUAUCAUCAAUGGUCUAUGGCCAAUAUAUAAUGAUUUUAAUGCGCGUCCGAAGUGCGGAUCAGCUUCAAAUGCCCAAAGAGUAUUUGAUGGCGAACAGUUCAAAAUUGCAGAGACAACUUGUGUUGUCAAGAUGAAAGAGUACUGGCCAAAUCCAACAGCGAAGGAUUUGACUGAGAGUAAAUUUUUUUGGGAAAGACAGUGGAAAGAGCAUGGCAUCAUACCAAGAGAAAUAGGGAACUUAACAAUGCCCGAGGAGAUGCACCUUUACUCCAACAAUUUCAAAGAUGGAAAUUCAAUGCUUCUUACUUGGUGUGGUUGCUGCAAGCCUGCAACUACGGCCACUUGGGUGCUUUGCCGCUGCUUUGGACUUGGUUGUUUAGUUGCUACUUAA